AUGCAUGUAUGUAUGUAUGUAUGUAUGUAUCUAUCUAUCUAUCUAUCUAUCUAUCUAUCUAUCUAUCUAUCUUUUGAUCAUUAUAUUUCAAUCUAUGUAUUUCUGUCAUUUUCUAUCUAUCUAUCUAUCUCAGUCUCUUUAUAUCUAUCUAUCUAUCUAUCUCAGUCUCUUUAUAUCUAUCUAUCUAUCUAUCUAAGUCUCUUUAUAUCUAUCUAUCUAUCUCAGUCUCUUUAUAUCUAUCUAUCUAUCUAUCUAUCUCUUUAUCUAUCUAUCUAUCUAUCUCAGUCUCUUUAUAUCUAUCUAUCUAUCUCAUCUAUCUUCUCAGUCUCUUCAUAUCUAUCUCCAGUCUCUUUAUAUCUAUCUAUCUAUCUAAGUCUUUAUAUCUAUCUUCUAUCUCUCUCUUUAUAUCUAUCUAUCUCAGUCUCUUUAUAUCUAUCUAUCUAUCUCAGUCUAUCUAUAUCUAUCUAUCUAUCUAUCUAUCUAUCUCAGUCUCUUUAUAUCUAUCUAUCUAUCUAUCUAUCUUCUUUCUCUCCCCCCCUCACUCUCUCUCUCUCUCUCUCUCUAUCUCUCUCUCUCUCUAUCUCUCUCUCUAUCUAUCUAUCUAUCUAUCUUUCCCUCUCUCUCGCAUGUUUUCUCUCCCCCCCUCUCUCUCUCUCUCUGUCUAUCUAUCUAUCUAUCUAUCUUUCCCUAUCUCUCGCAUGUACCGGACAAUGUCAGACUCACAGCAUCUUGCUUCAACCGAUUUAUGCCGACCAAAUAGAUGGUAAUUGGCGAUACUAUCAAAUCUACGCAGAAGACUGUGCUCCCCAAGAUGGCCUGGUCUUUCAUAGAAAGGAAAAUCUUUGUUAUUUUCUCUCAAACAACAAGAAAUCGUGGGACGAUGCUAAUCAGGAAUGCAUUAAAAGAGGCUUGCGAUUCCUACAAAUAAAAACCAAAGAAUUUCAGCAUAUCUUUACGAAGAUACUGGCGUAUUCGAUUCAACAUUCAGACUACGUUGGAUGCUACAAAGACACGAUUCAUCGAGCCUUAGCAAAACAUAUCGGAAGUUUUUCUAAUAUGUCCAUUGCUAUAUGCAGGGACAGAUGCCGCCAGAAUGGCUAUAAAUAUGCAGGCCUCCAACGAAGAAGUUACUGUUUUUGUGGUGAUAUUGGUUAUGACAAAUUUGGUGAAUCUACAGGCUGUGUAGAAACUUGUACUGGCAACAGAAAUGAAAUAUGUGGUGGAAUAUGGGCCAACUCUGUGUAUAAAGUUGGAGAUUUCUGUUAUAUCGGCUUAAGAAACGAAAACGGUAUCAAUAAAUGGAGUGACGACCAGCUUUUAACCGGCUAUUCUGAUUGGGUGACAACGAAUCCUUUAAAUCUUAAUGACUCCUGCAUCUAUCUCGACCCUCUGCGCGACUAUAAAUGGAAUAAAAAACCCUGUUCAGAUGAACUGUACUUCAUGCUAUCUACAGCUUUUGGAAGACUUGUUAGUGUCAACGGAAAUAUUAGAAGGGUCAUUUCGUGCGUAUUCAAUGAAAACAAAAGCGAGGGUUUAUUUAUUUACUCUAUCCAAAUCCAUCUACACAGAUUAAAUCCGCCUGCACAUGCGCAAUGUGUACAUAAUUUUUUUUUUAUUAUUGAUCAAUAUACAAUGAGCAGAUUUGUCAUGUGGUUAUUUAUAUUGCUUCUGGUUCAAUUAUUUUGUAUUGAGAGCGUCAGAUCCAUUUGUCACGAACUGGACAAUGUCAAGCGCACAGUAUCUUGCUUGAGCCGAAUCCUACGGACCAAAAAGAUGAGAAUUGGCGAUACUAUCAAAUCUACUCAGAAAACUGUCCUCAGAAUGAUGGCUUCAUUUUGUAUCGAAAAGAAAACAUUUGCUAUUUCCUGUCGACGGAAAAGAAAACAUGGUAUCAGGCGAAAAAUGAAUGCAAUAAAAGAGGCUUAA